UCGCUCCUGAUUGGUCGAGGACCGCAAGAGGGCGCUGAUCGACCUAUCCUUAGCGAGCAGGAAGAUGAUAAACGAAACUAGUUCGACUCUGGCCGGGAGCGUCCUACUAGAAGACACCGGACCAGGAGAAUGGCGCAUUACAGGGCUUCAGACUCGAAGAGGGAGCAGUUCCGGAGGUACCUGGAGAAAGGAGGUGUUCUGGACAGUCUGACCGGUGUACUGGUGUCUCUGUACGAGCAACCGGAGAAGCCGAGCAACGCGCUGGACUUCCUGAAGCAGCAGCUGGGCGCCGCUGGGGAGGAGAUGGAGGAGACGCAGGCCCUGCGGCAGGAGCUGGCCAGGCUGAGGGAGCAGUGUGAGGUCCUGGGGGAGGAGAACAAGGAGCUCCGCUCCCGGCUCCAGCGCUACGAGCCCGCCCCAGACGCCCCCCCCGCUGCCGAGUAGCACGCCACAGAACCCCCCCCCGCUGCCGAGUAGCACGCCACAGAACCCCCCCCCGCUGCCGAGUAGCACGCCACAGAACCCCACCAAAGUGCAACUUUUAGUUUAUUUUAUGUGUUGUUUUAAAGCCUUUAACUGGAAGGCCCUGUGUUUUCUACUGAGUGUUUAUUUCAUUGUUUCUUAACCUCAAGUUAUUUUGUACAGAUUGUAUGCAGGUCGUUUUAUAGGGUUCCACUGACCACGUGGUUCUGCCCUAGCGUCUGCUUUUUUGCGAGCAGAUCAUGAGCAUCAUUUCUAAUGUUUUGUAUAUCAAGCAUAUUUUGCUGUCCCUUCGCAUUAAGAUGAUCCACUCAGGAUGGGAUUCUGCUUCAUUUUCAGAAUGUAUGAUUAUCAUUUGUGUUCCUAUUGAAUGAUAAACAUUUACAAAAGUGAGGAUGUAUGUCGUAUGAGUAGUUCCUCUAAUGUGAGCACUAAGUCAUGUAAUGAAAUAUUGUUUCUUCACCUCAACAGUGGACCUGAUUGUUUUGUUGGCUCAAACCAAUAAAUGGUUGGACCAGA